GUAAACACACAAUGUCUUCAAGGGGCUGGGCAGGCUUUACUGAAGAAGAUAUUAAUAAUGUUCAAAAAGGAAAUGGCUUACGAACUGAACAAGUGCUCGUGUAAACAGUCGAUACUGGUGGCUGCACAGAGCCGGUGUAUCAACAUAGCUUUGUAGGAAAGUUGCAAUUCCAACUUUUUUUUUGUUUUAGAGUACAGACUCAGAAGUCAGACUUGCGUCAAGCCAGGCUUCAGUCUGCAGGAAAGAUUCCCUAUAGAGAGAAGCUGGGGAUGACCAAGGCAGUCAAGACUUCUCACAAUUACUCCCCCAUCCCACCACAGGCCAGACUCUCCCAGUCCCAGGAUUCGGAGCCGACCAGUCCAUCACGUUCCUCUGGUCACAGAUCCCCAGAAUCACUAGAAAGUUCCUCUUCACAUUCUGAAUCUCCAGUGCCCCCCUCACCAUGCAAGUCUCCAACAGGUAGUCAUGCUAAGAAUGUCAAAAUUCGCCUGCGAGACAAUAAUUCCUAUGAAUUAAUAACAACAAAUGGGUCAUUGUUGGAGAACCAGCCAUUUGGUUCAAAACCUGAAUUGGAGGAUAACAUUCAAAGUGAAGAUUGUGAAAAAGAUAAAGAAGAUGAACCUUCACUUGAAAAGUUCCAGAAACGUCAGAAGAUGAUGGAAGAGCAGAAUAAACGACGUAGAGAACUAUUAGUUCAGGCCAUUGCUGAUAGGAGUCGGCGUACACAGUCAGAAGCGCAGAAGUUGAAGCAGAUUCAGUCAGAAUUAGCUAAGUUGGAUUCUCUUUUGUCUACUGAUGUUUCCAUCCUCCGGGACCAGAUAGAAGUUGCCAGUCUGGAAUUUAAUGAGGCACAAAAACGGUAUGACAAGGCAGAAAAGGAGUUCAUUGAAGCAAAGUUACAGCUGUUCAGUAAACUGGACAAGAAGGAGCUGCUUACGGAACACCUCUGCCGAAUCAUUGAAGCCAACGAGCGAAGGAAGGCCUGUAAACUCUCUCAACUUAUGGCAAAAUUAGAGGUGGCAGAUGUUCCUUCUGAAGUUGCAGAUACUGGAGCAGAAGAGAUUUUGCCACAACUGGCCAGCCUAGAUGAAGUAACAUAUGCAGCUUGUACAACUAUUAAGGAUCCCAAGAAAACCACUUUAGCUUUACAAAUGGGCCUUGCUAAAAUAAAUGGUGACAUUCCUGUACAAAUUGUAAAAGAUAUACUUGAAGAUGAAAAAGAAAAACCCAGUGUAAAUAAUGAAGAGAAUACACAAGAAAGUAGUGACAGUAGUAAAAAGGUUUCACAGAUAGAUGGCACAAAGGAAACAGAAGACAGUACAACUGUCAAAUCAGAAAGUGUACGUCGAGGUGAGGAAGGAAAUGUAGAGCUUGAAAAGAUUACUUCCGGUUAUGCUGAAACAUGUAGGGCUAGCGUAGAUAAUCCAGACAAGGAAGGUGACCUGGAAAAUGACCCAAAAAUGAAAGAAAAUAGAAAUAAGGACGAGGAAGAAGAGACCUCGAAAGAAUGUGGUCACUGAAGGCGGUCUAGUGAGCUAAAGAUGGGUAGCUUUUGUGAUGCUAAUAAGAAGAGUGCCUCGUGUUCCUGCAGCAAACUUCUACAUACUGUCCUGUAGUAGGUUAGUAUUAUAGUGUGUAGCCACGUAGUGUACCUGUGGCCAAGGUACUCUUACAUUAUUGUUUCUGAUGGACAAUUGGAUAUUUUGUGUCUUAUUUUGUGUACUUGUAGGAUGUAAAGUUCCUAUGAAAAGAACGAAAGGGUAUGGGUGUACCUAAUUGUUUGUUGAUAUUUAGGUAUAUGCAUGUCAGGGUUUUCCAACUUGGAGUUUUUGUAGUGUGUCAGUCCAAUUUAGUAUUCCUUGGAAGUACGUAUUUCAUUUUAUUUUUUGAAGAAUUCUUUUUUGUUCUUAGUUAUGGCACUCUGAGUAGCAGGGGACUAAUGUUUAAGGUUUCUGUCUCCCAUGGCAUUACCUUUUUUUUUCAAUAAGGAUUUGAUAACCUGACUGAUAUUACAAGAAUUUUGGCAAAAAUCCAAGUGUAUCUCAGCCAAAAAAUUAUAGUACAGUACAUUAGGGCAGAUCUUACUUUAUCUACAUGUAUAUAAUCCAUGUACAACAUAUACAAAUAAGAACCCAUAUGCAUAUAAGUAAAUAAAUACAGUAUUUGUAUAGAAAUUUAUUUGCAAAAAUGCAAUAUACAGAGAGUACACACAUACACACACACAAUGUAUGGAUACUUAAAUAAUUUUAAGUAAAGAAAAGUAUGGUCACAUACACAUGCAGGAAUCCAUUCACUCAUAACCGUCGUGGUAUACCGGUAGUAAAAAACUUUCAAGGAUAGUAGUCAAGUAGUGUGGGUACUGUACUGAAUGUCAAGGUCAGAACCUGAACAUUGAAACAUAAAUCUGUGUUGUAUUAUGACACUGGAACAUGGCUCUGUGUCUUGUAAUGAAAAUGGAACUUAAAUCUUUUUUUUUUAUGACUGAAGAAAGUGGAAUGAAAGCUAAAGGUGGAAAGUAGGUGUGUGUUUUGUGAUGUGAUUGGACUAUACAGUAGUUCUAUGUUUGUAAAUGUCUUGCUAUGAAAUAGACCACAAUCACCUACUUAUUCUAAAGACCGUUUCUCUUGUAUAUACAGUUUGCAUUUCCUAUUGAAGUUAGAUUUGAGAGAGUGCAGGAUGCCUUUGUCUUCAGGGUUGUUUAGUGUUGACAGUCCAAGUUAUGUGAUGAUAAGAGUUUGUGCUUAAGUGGGAAAUUACCAUAAAGAUGAGUGCUUAAUGGAAAGAACAAUGGCACUAAGGCAACAUACAGUACACAUACCAUUGCACCAUCAUAUCAGUUUUCAAAGUACUGUACAGAGAUCCAUAUUUUGUUUGGAAAUUUUGGAAAACUUUGCAAGAUCCACACUGGUACUGUUUUGAGGAUGAGGAUACUGUUAUUGUAUAUCUGUUUGUGAUUGUGAAUACCAUUUUCAGAUCUUGUUAUCACCAGUUUAUUCAUCUUUACCCAAAAUUAAUCACCAGAGAGCAUUGAUUGCCACCGAUGAAGGGGUAGAGCAAGCCCUUGUUAUGUUUUAUUUGAUCAAGCUGGUAAAAUAUAAUUAAUGAGAAACAAUAAAACUAUUAGCUAAUUUACACUGUACAUAGUGUACUUGGUCAUGCUCCAAGGCUAAGAAAGUGCUCUUUCAUAUCAUUUCUAACAUCAUUCUUCUGUAAAUGUAUCCAUGAUUUUAUGAUAUACGGUACAGUAGGUCAAGGCUGGUACAGUAAUAUUAACUGCAUGUUUUCUUACAGUUUGGUAAGCUUUAGUGGAUGAUUGUGUGUAGUGUUGAUGAAAUGGAAGAUACAGCUAUUCAUAGUUGACAUUUAGGUGUUGUCAAAAUUACUGAAGGGUAAAUUCAGACAUUUCUGGGGUUUAUUGGAAUAUGUGCCACAAGAAAAGAAACUGUGUUAUUUUGUCUGACACUAAUACUGUAUUUUAAUUUAAGGUCUCCAUGACACAGUUGUUAAUGUAGAUUUUCAGCACAUAUGACACAGGUUCAUUUCAAUGUCAGGUAAUGGUUGGUCAGACAUUAUUCUGCUAUGGGAGGUGUGUGCACAAUUGGCCACCAGCCAUGUCAAUGCCUUAGGCUUAGCAAACACUUCUUGUUUGGGGAUUUCUACCCUACAAAUAGUGAGGAAGAGAUUAAAGUAUUGUAGUUGUAUUUUCGUUUGAUGGAUUUUCUUCCACUAGUGUUGUUUAAUGUUGGACAAAUUGCAGUUCAUGGUAAUAGAAUAUGCAAUUUUAAUACAAAAAUAUUUCCAGUGAACUCAUUAUGCAAGGUAACGGAUAAGUUUGAACAUUCUUACUAUCUUAUAGGUACUGUAAGUUGGUGCUGAGCACUGAACAGAAUUUUUUUAUAUGUUAUUUGUUGUUUACAGUACUGUACAGAGCUGUAGUCCUACAGUAGGUAACAAAAUGUGCAAUUUCAUUAUACAGUGGAGUUGCAAUAAUUUGCAGUUUAGGUACCAGAAAACAUUAUGAAUGUAUGUUAUCAAAUUGCAAAUUAUAGUACAGUUUACAGUAAUUGAUUUAAGUUAAAAUAAUUCAUUUGUUUCAUAUGCCAAAAAAUAUGCAUAAACUGUCCCAAAACUACUUCAAAUAACACUAAAUAUUGUACAGUAUGUAAUACAUAAAAAUUUCAGUAACUUAUAGAUAUUGUACAAAAAGUAGUUCUAUGUUGUAUUAAUAGUACCCUCCCUUCCCAUAACAAUCCUCUGGGUCACACCAAUAUGCCAACAUGGAAACAGGCAGGCAUGCAGCUGGCUGCCUGUUCAGCUCUUUGCCUAUGUAAACAGCACCAGGAAUAUAAUGAGACAUAAGAACUCACUUGAGGUUGAUGGUGGGAAUUUUUUGGAGAAAAUUUAUUAAUUUACGAUAUUAUUUUAUUUACCUGGCACCAAAUGAACCUAAAUAAUAUGGGAAUUAAUGGUGAGAUUGCAUGCUGUCAAGAAGAGGUUGUGGGGUUAUGAAUUUCUGCUCAAUCCAACUAUCUUACCUCCUACUUCUAUACAAUUUAUGUCCCUUUCUUCAUUUUUCUUAUUUUGGAGUUUAACAUUAUAUUUUCUUUAUUUGUAAGUCACACUAGAGCAUUGAAAUUAUAUUUCCUUGACUUCUGUGGCUUCUUAUGUAAAUAAAGCCUGCGGCAGCUGGCACUCGGCCUUGAAUUAUAAAUAUUUGACCACAAUUAAAAAAAGUGUUGGUAAUAGAGGUACCCACGAAUUUAAGAAUGCGAAUAUGUAUUUAAAGAAUUAUUGCAACUCAACUGUACAAGCUAAAGGACAACAUUAUGAUAUGGUACUAUUGUACAGAUAAUUUGAGGAAAACUUGUGAAGAGUUGUCUGCUAAUGUUUGUGUAAAGUUACUGUUCUCAGUAACAGAUUAGGUAAUAAUUAAUGCAAUCUUUCUUUUGUAAUCAUGUAAGGUUAAGGAGAGGUGUACAGGUAUAUACAGUUACUGUUGCAAGAUAUUAAGUGACAGGUCGAAUUGUGCAAAGUAUUUUUCCCAUUGUUCAUAUGCAAUCCUGGUUAACUGGUUCGGUAAUUCAUGACUUUACCCACAUAUUAGGCAAAAGACUAAUGAACUACGUACAGUAUUAACUAAAAGCUAAAUACUGUACUAGUAUGUGGCUGAGAAAGCUGCAUACACCAAUUGAGAACAUACAAGAUAAGAAGUUUGCAAAUAUUCUAUCAUAAUAAUUUUAUUUAGAUGUAAUUUUCAGAAUGAACUUCUUGUUCUUGGGUGUUACACUCUUAAUUACUUAUCAUACGCAUGUAAGUUAGAGAUUGUAUAUCCAUUAAUCUGUCCAUAUUAAAUUAUCUUUUUGACAAAUUAAUUUAGGGGCCAAUUCUAGUCUUUUUUUUUUUUAAUAAUUACUGUAUAUUCCUGAAAACAUAGUACACAUUGUUAAUCAGAGUGCAAUAUAGUUUUUCAGCUGUUAGCCAAGUUUACUGUAAUGUAAUUUUCUUUACAUUUCAGUAAAUGUAACUAAUUGUAACACAACUAAUCCAUGAGACAGAAGGAGCACCGAGACGACCUUGGUGAUUUUAUUAUUUCCAAGGGUUCUGUUGGUCAUGAUACGUCUGGUCUCUUAACGCUGAAGAAUUAGACAGGUGGCUAGUGAUAAAGAGAUUCUUAAAGAUGAAUGUGUAUAGGCCAUACUUUUUUACUAACAGGCAGCACCUGAGUUAUGAACACCAGCACUUACGAACGGGAUCCCAAUAUAUUCAUCACAAAAUAUGUAACUAUAAUCCCAUUUUUUAUAUUACUUUCAUUAUUCUAUAUUGUUAAACACCACUUUAUUUACAGUGUUUACAUAAUAGUGUUUGUUUUUUAUGGGAUAUUAUUGUUGUUUUCUAUAGGUUGGGUUGUGCUUUAACCAAAUUUAAACUGGAAUUGAUGCUGUUCCGACUUACAAACAGAUCGGCUUACGAACAAGGUCUAGAAACGUAAUCCGUUCAUAACUCAGGGACUGUCUGUACUGUUCAUUGCAUUUGAGAAGUAUAUUUAUUUCUUAUAUUAAUACUUUAAAGAUUUAUAUAUACAGGUUUGGUAUUGAGUCCCCGACUGCAUAUCAUGGUGCUGGAAACAAUAUCAUAGGACUUUAGGACAUGCCUGUCCUGGGAGUUGUUGUUUGCUGAUGACUUAGUACUGAUAACAGAUACUAUUGAAGUGGCAGUGGAGAAAUUGAAGGAAUGGAAGGAUGGAACACACUCAAAGGGCUUGAGAGUGAAUGUGGCAAAAAAAAAAAAGCAUUGAUGAGUGGUGUUGGUGAGGAACCCAUGAUGGAAAGUGGAAAAUAGCCAUGUGCUGUCUGAAGGAAAGUUUUGACAACAACUCAGUAAUGUGCAACAAGUGUGGAAGGUGGGUACACUAUAGGUACAUUGGAGUAAAUGACAAACUGCAGGAUGAUGUUGACUUUAAGUGUUCUGUAUGUUCAGAUGACCAUGUGCCCACAGCAAGGCUGGAGAAACUCAUCAUUGGGGAUAUAUUGCUGGACUGUGUCAAUGAGGUCUGUUACCUUGGUGACAUGAUCAGUGUUGGUGGGAGUACUGAAGUGUGCUCAGUUGCAAGAGUCAGAAGUGGCUGGAGGAAGUUUAGGGAGCUACUGCCUUUAUUGAUAGCAAGAGAACCUUCCCUCUGUUUGAAAAGAAGCAUUUAUGUGAUUGGUGUGAGAAAUGUGAUAUUGUAUGGCAGUUAACAUGGGUAGUUAAAGGGGAUGACAUAAGUAGGCUUAAGUUAGCUGAAAUGAGAAUGGUGAGGUGGAUGUGUAAUGUGAUACUCAAAGACUGCAGGCCCUGUUCAGAGCUAAAGGGGCAGAUAGGUUUUGAGAAUAUUGGUGGAGUUGUGCAAAGAGGCAAGCUGAAGUGGUUUGGGCAUGUGGAGAGAAUAGCUUAGAUCAGUGGGUCAAGAGGUGCAUGAGCCGAAAUGUGGAAGGGAGGAGAGCCAGGAGUAGGCCAAGAAUGACAAGUGGAGGAGGUUGUAGAGGUGAUAUUAAAGUUAAUAUAACUUAACAAGACAGACUGCAAGAGACAAUGCACCAUGGAGAGCUGCCAACAGGUAAUUGUGGCUAAUCUACGCAAGUGUGGAAUUUUAUGACAUUGAGCUCAUUUUCUCUAUUAAUAUUCAUGCUCUUCACUACUUAGAGUAAAAUGCCUUAAUAAUAUUUAUAUGUUAAUAUUCCCGAUGGAAACAUUCUUAAAGGCUGGCAGAAUAAAAUACAAGGUAUGUGUUCAUACAUAAGCAAGUGUAUGCCUAUACUAACAUGUAUACUGUACAGUAGCUAAAACAAUUAUCUGUGUAGGUGGGGGUCGAUAUGCUCUGAAAUUUUACGUGAUUAGUGACAGUCCUCGUACACCAAAAUUUGUCGUCCAUGGUCUCAUAUUGUUUCCCACAAAGUAUGCACAGAUAGUUGUUUUAGCUACUGUACAUACAGUACUGUAUACAUAUAUUGUAUGUAUUCACAUACACUGUAUACAAGGGUACACACACUUUCUGUUUCACUUACACUCUCCAGUUCCAGUUUUCUUCCAGUGAAGAAACUUGAUAUUUAUUGGGCUGUUAAUAGUAAAAAAAAAAAUUCUUGUUUAUGUACACUAGCCAGUCAUCCCUCAGGAAGUCAGGAUUGUUGUAUGUAAUUCCUUCCAAAACCAGAGAAAGGGUGAUAUAAUACCAACUAUGCUAAUAUCGGUCUUCCACAGUGACUGAGGCAGUGCCAAACUAUGUGAUCUCUAGAUAAAAUAUUUGCUGUACUGUAAAUUGUACAUAAGUCUUUAACUCCUCCAAUUCCAGGAAGAGUCAUGAGUGAUCUUAUACUGAAGUGACGCCACUGAUAGAUCAUGAUUAAGUGUAGAUUUUUAAAGGUCUUUCAAGUUUCAGUCUAAGAAAGUCAGGUUUCAAAGGAACAUGAACAUUAUCUAAAAUUGUGAAAUGAUCAUGUUGUCAGGAUCGAUGUACUGUACAGUAGUUACGAGAUAUUGAGGAUGCCAUGAGUGAAUUCUUAUUUAGUAAUAUUCAUUCUAACGGUUGGAGUAAUAUGGUUCUAGUAGGUCCUCCAAGUGUAACAGUGCCUCAUGUGCUGGUUUUUAAUACACAGGGAGGAUCAUUGUUCUAAUUACAGUACAGUAUUUUGGCUUAAUUGAAAAAAAUUCCCACAGAAAGUCAAGAUCUCUUAGUGUCAAGUGUGGCCUUCUAUGACAGUAUGUGAGUGAGGCUGUGGGAGUACCCUAAGUUCAUUGCAUGACCCUCAGAAUUAUGUUCUCUUUAGAGGCAGCUAAGUUUCAUAAACUGCAUAGGCAGUGAGGCUUUAAAAAUGAUUGUUUGGGGAGUUCAUAAAUACUGCUGGAAAACUUGAGUAUUGUUGUCAUUUAUUUGUUUCAAGCCAAUAAAUGACAACAAUACUCUCUGUUCUCCCUAACCUCACUAUUAUAAUUUUUACCAACGAAGCAAUGUUAACCAUGACCAGAUAUAUUUUAUUCAUUGACAUUACAGUACAGUGUACUGUAUUCCAUAGUCAUUUAAUUGUAAAAUGAUAUUUACCUUUCGAAUUGCAAUAUUGAAAAUGUUACACAUGCCCUAAGGAAAGUAUAUUUCAUUAGGGUAUAUUGAGAUUUUUUUAUGGCUAUUGUUAGUAUUAUUAGUCAUCUUCCAUGUGCAGCAUGCCAUAUUCUUGAACAAGUAGGGAUGGAGGGAAAAAGGCAUCGCUUUUCAGGAUUUUUUUGCUGCUCCAUCAAAUUGGUAUGGAAAAUUGUUCCCUGAAAGUCAGUGUGAUUAAGAGUGUGGCCUAUUUAUCCUGGCUCUUAGGGCUCAAACCUUAGAAUAUGAUUUCAUAUGUAAAUUUUUUUUACAACUGAAGACUGCCAAUGUGCUUCAGUGUUGUUAAUGAUAAUAUAUAACCGUAUUUGUACUGAUAUUAAACUACCUGACGACUAGAUGUAAGACAUCAUAUGAGGCGGCUUCAGGAUAUGUAUUAGAAUGAUUAGUAGUGAAGGAGUUAAAUUAAAUGUUCUUAGGAAUUAAUUUUAAGUUAGGAGGAGGGAAAGAAUAGAUUUCUAAGUUGUAGUAGUACCUUUAUACAAUCCCUCAAAACCUCCAUCACACUACAAUACCAUAUUGUAUGUGCACUCACCUUAAAAAUACUUUGAAGAGGAUCUUGGCCAUAAAAUGUCAAGCAAUGUAUUCAAUCAUUUUUAACAGUUCAAAUGGAGUGACACCACUUGAUGCAACCAUGUUAUAGUGCGGCACUUCAUUGGUGAUUUUUAUAAUACCCUGUAGUAUCUCGUGGCCUGGAGCCAGUGAGUGCUGUUCUCUUGCAUCAGUUAGAUGGGUACCCCGCUUUGGAUUUCAAGCCAUCUAAUGAACUUCCAUACACAAGACAUCAUCAAGGUAAGUACACAGUAAAUUAAUUAUUGACAUAAAAGAGUUGAACAUUUACCAGUACUGUAUUAAAUAGUAUUUAAUACAGUAUUAUAUUAUAUACAGUACCUAUAUUAUAUUAUAUUAUACUGUAUUAUAUUAUAUUACGGUAUAUUUUAUUUUAUAUUACAAUUAAUGUUCUUUUAACUCAAACUUUCAUAUUGCUUUAUGAUGGAAUCUGGGAGAUAAAAAUAUUUUUCUUAAAGAUUUAUGGCUUAGACUCUGAAAUAAAACUAAAUUCAUUGUGAUUGAAGGAAAGGUUUCAAAACCACAAGGAGUACAUACAGUACCGGUAGGUACGUCCCCUGUAUGUGAUGCACCAUCAGUUGGUGUGCAGUUUUUCAGGUGUGACUACGAGUCUUUCAUUUGGUAAUCAAAGUUGUGUACAGGUAUUUGUUUCUGUUGUAGUUGUGAGAAUGAGCUUAAAAGAUAACAUGGGUAGACAAGAAUUGGUCUUAAUUACAUCAUUGCUGGUUGGUUGGCAUAGGUCUGGCAGCAUGACCAGCCAAAGUUCUCUCAGGAGAGUGAGGGAAUUAGUUCAAAGUCAGGAGUGAUAUUCAUAGAGCUGACUGAUGAUGAAAGUAUAUGUGAUCACCAGUUAUGAUAUUCAUGUUGUUGGACCUAAGUUUAAAAGACCUGAAAUAUUUUUAUACCCAUUCCAGAUUCCUUCCUGUUUUAAUCAAGAUGUUUAUACAGUACUUGUAAAGCUCUUUAAGCAUAUCUUGUAUGAAUGAUCCAUUUACUGCAGAAUUAUAAUUAGAAAUACUGUGUAUGGUACUGUAAUAUGUUUUUAUCAUAUUCACAUAUAUUAAGUUUAAAUUAAUCUAUACUUUACUAAAUGUCAGUUUUCAUAUUUUCAUGUGUAUUCUUGUCUUAAUGCCUGAUUACUGUUCGGUUAGAUAAGGAGAGUAUUCAAAUGUCCAGGAUCGAAAACAUUUUAUGACAAACUGUUUGAUUCCAUUUUCAGUGCCAUGUUGAUUCAUAAACAGGGGUAACAGCAUUUAAAACUUGUUCAAAUUACUCAUCAGUAUAUUAAUGUACAGUAUUUGUACAUAUAUUGUAUAUUUUUUUCCAAUACUGUAUUGCAAACCCUUUUGCUGUUUAGUGCAGGGUGGCUGGGAUGAAAAUUAACAGAUUAUUCAUUAUUCUGCCAUUUUUCUAACUGAGUUAACAUAUAUUUUGUUGUGAUGUUCAUCUAUUUAUCUGGUACAGUAUACUCUUGAUUUAACAGAAUACGAUAUAACGAACUCUCUAUUUAGCGGGAGGAAUUUUUCUGUUAUUUUUUACUCAAUUUAGUGAACUAGUUCGCUAAAUUGAGAUUAAUUCCGUUAAUACGCUCACACCUACAGACACCUGAUAUGUACGUAGAAACAUUAUUCAUGGCUUACCUUAAACUAGGGGGUUCGGUGUUUGUUUUUCCCUAACUUUUUCCAAUUGAUAGCCGCACUCUUUUGACUUUCUUCCCCACACCACUUCCUUUCUGAGAGACUUUUGGCAUGAUGUCUAAGCACAGUACAGUAGUUAGUUGAACGAGGUGCAGGCUGAGAGGUAGCAGUGAACAACACAUGCGGUGGCGGCAGGACACAGACUGAGCGGAUGUAAACAAACCCCACGUGCUAAGCGGCGCAUUUGGCGCCUAAUUUAAUGGAAUCGUGCUCGAUUUAGCGGAAAUUUUGAUUUAACGGAAAGGGGUGGCUCAAAUUAGUUCGUUAAAUCGAGAAUUUUUGUGGUAAGUACAAGUACAUUCUAGUGUCAUUGAAAUUUACUUCUUUGGGUAGAAUCAGUGUGAAAAGUUGCCAUGAACAUUAUGUUAUCAGUGUUUUGUUGUUAAGAUCUAUUUGAUAUAUGUUUUGUACUAAAUAUAUUAAUAUCCAUUACAGUACAUCAUUGUUAUGAAGCUUUGGCUCAGUAAGUUUGUCUUGCAUUCUUUCAAUCUUGUUAGCAAAAAAAAUUUUGCUCUAUGCAAAUGAAGAACAACCCCAAGGUUUGUAAUGUGUUUGUAAAUGUUAAAUUUAGCUGGAUUUUGUGAAUAUUCAUAAAUUUUUAAUAAUAUUGUAAAUUCAGCUGGUAAAUAUUGUCAGAUUAAAUAUUGUACAGAUUGAUCACCAUAAAAUGAGUCAACACUGUGUAGGUAUAAGUGAAAGAUGUUUUGAAUAUUCACAGGUUCUUAUUUCUAUAUUGGUCUUUGAUAUUUUGUAAGCAUUUCUUAUCAUGAUUGUAGGAGAGAGGUUGUCAGUCAAUUGGCUCAAGGCCUGACCUAAUAGGUUCAAACUUAACCCAAAUACUUGUACUAUUGGCAUUAGGACUAAAAUUUCAAUAGAUUUAGGCUGUUUAACCAACCCUCUAACCGAUUUACAGAGAGAUUUUGAUGAAGUUAACUUAAGGACACUUGAGUUCAUGGUCAGUGUUAAUCCUGACUUUUAAAACAAUACUUGUAUCAGGACCUUAUCUUUCAGAUUAUCAUCACCUCACCUUGAUGUAGUCUACUUAUUAUAAGUUGAAAUACACUAACACCUCUGACCGGUCUACCUUGAGUUUGUUUUCUAUAUUGUGUAACACUGCAUUUUUGUACCAUUUGUUUCAGAAUAGUUUCAUUAGAAGGUUAUAAAAAACUUUGAGGAAAUAUUGUGAUAGAAUAGUGUUGCAUGAAUGUUGGCCAUACCUGAAGUUUUUAUGUAAUACGUACUGGUAUGUACAUGUGAUUUAGAUGACAGUACAAUAAUUCAAUGUUCUUCUAGUGUUGCACCACUGUUUUGUAUGAUCUAUGUUCUCACUACCUGCAACAGCUAAAGGACGUCCAACAUCUCAAUCUUUCCGUAGGUAGUGAAACAGUUAUGUAUAUAGUUAGGUGAAUAAAUCAAUGAAAUGUAGUUGUUGUAAUAGCCAUCAAUAUAUAAUUUUAUGAGCACAGAAGAGGACAAUAAUUAUCUUGAUCUGGUUGUGUAGCAUGAAAUGUGCCUUAAUUAGUGAUUGCUUAUCUUACAUUCAUUCAUGGUGCUGUUGGUUACUGAUUGAAUGAUUGAGUAUUGAUAGUUAUGGUAGUAAGCAAUGUUAAAUAGAAUUGAUUUUUUUUAUUGCACUGUUAAUUUUUUUAUAUUGCACUAAUUUGUCAUGUUAUUGCUUUUUUAAUAAACCAAAUAGGU